AUGGUGAUGAUGGAGCAUCGUUCGUGGUGGCCUUCGCUUCGUUCGUUCGGUCCGGAGUCUUUGGCUUGCCAUCAAACUUCCACUUCAUUCCUCAAGUAUACUCUCGGCACUAGCGAUGAUGAUGACCUGAUCGAUGCUGGGCGAGAGUUGCCCGAUGAUGGCGGCGGCCAUGGCGACGUCGUGGACAACAGUUUUAGCUUUGCUGCAGCAUAA